CGCGCGGACGCCGGGGAAGCCGCGGCAGCCAGGAGAAGCCACUGCCGGAAGAGCGCAGGAGGGGCGGUGCCAAGCGUUAAACCACGGAAGUAGUCACCCCCCGACCUCGGAAGUUCUCUCCCUCCCAUGCUCGCCUAACAGUUCCGGUGACGCUCCUGGAGAUUGUUUACGUUCCGAGCAGACCUAGCGGUUGGCUUCUUCGAAUCAGACUCCAAGAUGGGGAAGUCAUUCGCCAAUUUCAUGUGUAAGAAGGACUUCCAUCCGGCGUCCAAAUCCAACAUCAAGAAGGUAUGGAUGGCAGAACAGAAAAUAUCGUAUGAUAAAAAGAAACAAGAAGAAUUAAUGCAACAGUACCUUAAAGAACAGGAGUCGUAUGAUAACAGAUUGCUUAUGGGAGAUGAGCGUGUGAAGAAUGGCCUGAAUUUCAUGUAUGAGGCCCCACCAGGAGUUAAGAAAGAAAGCAAAGAGAAAGAAGAAACGGAAGGAGAGACAGAGUACAAGUUCGAAUGGCAGAAAGGCGCUCCGAGGGAAAAAUAUGCCAAAGAUGACAUGAACAUCAGGGACCAGCCCUUUGGUAUUCAGGUUCGAAAUGUAAGGUGUAUUAAAUGUCACAAGUGGGGCCAUGUGAACACAGACCGAGAGUGCCCCUUGUUUGGUCUUUCUGGGAUCAAUGCAAGCUCAGUUCCUACUGAUGGCUCAGGGCCGUCGAUGCACCCCUCGGAGCUAAUAGCGGAGAUGAGAAACAGUGGGUUUGCACUGAAACGAAAUGUACUGGGGAGAAACUUGACCGCAAAUGAUCCAUCACAGGACUAUGUUGCAAGUGACUGUGAAGAAGACCCUGAAGUUGAGUUCUUAAAGUCGCUCACCACCAAGCAGAAGCAGAAGCUCCUCAGGAAAUUGGAUAGACUUGAAAAGAAAAAAAAGAAAAAGAAAAGUGAUAAGAAAAAGAAGAGCAGCCGGCGAAGCGGAAGCAGGAGUCCUUGCCGUCAGAAGCACAGGGAGGCGAGGAGCCGGCCGCACCGGAGCCCUAGUGAAGAGCAGAAGGGAAGAAAGGGCACCAGAAGCCAUGGUGAAGGUGACCAUAGAAGAGAGCAUGCGCGCUGAGCACCCAGAAGAUAAGGGAGAGGCAGCAGGCUCAACAGAGCUCUGGAGCAGCCACCUGGGCAUCGAGGACAUCUUUAGCAAGGGCUAACAUACACACUGUUAUCUAAUAAAAAAAAAAAGUCAAUUCAUUUUCCAUCUCUGUAAACUGUUGUUUCGAGUAUUAAAGCACCGCUGUACCACAAGCUUAAGCUUGCAGAUAUUUGCAGGGAAUUUAGGGUAUUUAAGUGUUUUUUGUUUUGUUUUCUGUGGUGGUGGUGGUGGUUUUCUUGUUGGUAGCUGUUUCUUCUGCCUUGUACCAGAUUUAAAAUAUGUUCGUAAUUCUGUGAUUUUUGUUGUUGUUUUGAAACACCAUUAAAACAGUGACAGAAUCUUGAAUAAUUAUCAAUUCAAAUUUGUUAUUUUAAGAUUUGAAUAUGCUUGAAACAAAAUGUAAUCAUUGUUGAAACUGACUAGGGUGAAUAAAACACUGGAUAUCAAUCAGCAUGUCCUUAAGACUUUAAAAGUAUGAUAUUUAAAAUUGGAUGUCCUGUUAUUUGUCUAUGGUGGCAAACAAAAUCACUUCAAACUUAACAGAUGUGAAAAUCAGAAUUCUGGCAUGGGUCUCACUAAGAUAAGAUGAAGACAUGGGUAGAAUUGUCUUCCUUCUGAAAAUCCAUGGUGCCCAGUUUUGGUGACUGGCUCCCUUCUCUAUCAAAGGGAACUCCCCUGUUUCCAUGUCCUGGAGACAGUCUGACACUAACUGCACCCUCCUUCACUUGGUAAGGACCCUGUGAGUAUAGCAGGUCCACCUGAGGGCCCAGAAUCAGCUCUACAUUUAAGAUCAACUGAUUAUCAACCUGAACUUUGUCUGCACCUGUAAAUGUAACAUAUUCAUAGCUUCUGGGGUUGGAAACAUGUAUCUUGGGGGGAAUGUUACUCUGCCUCCCCUACAGUAGCCUUUCUGAUUGGCAUUGCAAGGUUUUUCUUCAGGAGGUAAAACGUACUACAAAGAUCUACUGUAAACUAGAUCUAGUGUAUUCAAAGGUGCAUGCUGGGAGUGGAGGGGAUCCCUCUUUGAGACAGGGUCUUCCCAUUACUAUGUAGCCCUUGCUAGCCUGAAACUCACUAUGUAGACCAAGCCAAUAUAUAAGGUGUUUUGUUUUUUUUUUUAAACUUAGCUAUACAUUUUGUCAUAUGUUCCAAAGGAUUAGUAAAAGAGAA